GCAACCAUUUGAACCAUUUGAACCAUUUGAACCACUUUCGUGGUACUUUCAUUUGUGCGCUACGCUGAUGGCCAAAAGCAAUAAUUCUGUUUUCGACCCAUGGAAUACUUUUUAUGAAACUCCAGAAGAGCAAGCUGCCAUUAAACAAAGAGCGAAAAUGAGAGAUGCAAUGAAGGCUGAGUACAGGAAACGAUAUACAAAUCCAUUCAACCCCCCAAUGGGUCAUUUGCACGAUCCUGCAUUGCAACACCAUUUUUCAGCCCAGGUUACAUAUGCAGAAUAUUUGCGUCCAUCCCCCAAAUUGGGAUUAAUCGCCCUUGGAGUUUUAGGCGUAGGGGGUCUAGCAAUGGUAAUAAGAGAAAGGUUUAAGGUAUGGUGAACACCAGUACCAGUAUUUUUGUAUUUUAUAUCGUCCUUCGUUUUUUCCUUCUGGUGCCAUCUAAAUUGUUCGAAUGCUUUUUCACUUUAAUCAUUUUCUAGUGCAGUUAUAUCCCGAUUGUAGCUGAUACCUACAUUGAUGUAGUGUUCAGGCUUGCCUAUCGCGAUGGCUCAAUCGAGCUGGGCUGGCCUGAAACGGCUAUUCCUGUGGGUCCUAUCACGCCAGAGAGUUCGUUCGGAGAACCGUAUGACUAAAAGCAGCGACUUGAGGUCCGAUGGCGAUUGCUUACUGCUGACUGUACGGAGGUGUAGCGGUACGAAGGUGUUUCUCUCAAACCACCAGUUUUCUUUUCAUACAUGAAGAGCAACUAUCGUUUUACGGUACGAGAAACCAUAAAGUGUCAAUCGCUUUCAUACCUCUAACCCGUGACCAUCUUGUUCACGACCAAAUUCCAUCGACACUUCCUAAUAUUUCUCCUGUUCCCAUGAUAGACUCCUAUACUAUGACUGUCUAUAUCUCCAGCGAAGUUUAUUCCCUCUUCUUGAUUAGGCUCCGAGUUGGUUCCGUUAAUAAUCACUUCUCUUAAUAGAAAUAUCCGUUUCUAAUAACAAGUAAAUUGUCCCUAUUUAGCUAUUUAAGUACUCGUUCUACAGUUUGAUUGUGAAAUAUUGGUAAAGAGUGCUGGCUGUGUUGUUCGAAAAGUACAUUAUUGAUAUAUCUUUGUAUCUUUCGUUUAUUUUGUACUUGUAUCCACCCAAACAGCAUCACUUUUAUACAAGUAUUAUCGUGUUUUGACUUAUUUAAAGAAUCUAAUUACACGGGACUACUGAAAUUCCAAAACUUCUGCUAUUCACAACUUCCAAUGUUUGGAUCUUAUGUCAAAUUGAACAACAGGCUCGCUUAACCAGGACUUUGGCAUCUCGCACCAUCGAUGUACGUCGUGUCUCCCGAACAUCCAUGUAAGAUAGAAGUACGGUUGUUCACUUGACCUCACCUAGUCAGUAUAAAGGAUCAGCUCAGUUUGUCCUCCAUGUAUCUGGGAGAUCGACAUAUACUUCUUGUGGUCUUGUGGUAUAUCACUAAGUUAAAAAGCAGAAUAGGUUCUCUUAAACAGGAUUAUGAUAAACAAUUGCUUGUGCGCUGUCCGAUUAAACGGGACAGUAACAAAUCAGAAAGGUAGGGACAUACAUCACUUUUUAGUUCAGGUUGCUCCAUACGGUCUCACUCAAUGCAGCUCAAAUAAAGUAAAAGACAAAUUUUAUAGAAAACUUUUCAUCUUCCAGAAGCUAAAUGCUUAGAUAUAGUAAUAACAGAGGGUGAUUUUAAUGUCCAGUUAAGUGGUCUAAAGCAGACUGAAUGGCAUCUGUGUGGGUCUCACAGUAUCGUAGCUCACCGAUAGGUAGUGACGACUGACUACUGCAACUAUGUUCAGACAACCGUUUAUUUCGAACAGGCACCAGCUUUAAGCAUAAUGAAAGUCAUCGUCCAACAUGACGGCCCGCAAGAUGGACAACUUAGUAGAUUUAUAUGAAACCCACGCAGUAACCCUGAGCAGUGGUAGUAGCGAAAGUAAAAGAAAUGGAAAAGCCAGGGGGGAUAGAUAAAUGUAGACAACUAUUCAGACUCAUUAAGGAAACGGGUGUUAAAAAUCCAACUGUUAGUGAAACUAUUUCGUAAAACGAUGUGACCACUAUUCACUCUCGAUCCGGUAGAUUAGACUGAUAGCUAAAACAUUUCAAGCAACAGUUGAGCUCCAAUUACACUCUAUUUGCCCAAUAUUUCCAGACAACCUAAAUGGUAAUUUGACGCAAGCUUCUAACUCUUAGUGGGUUUGAAAAGGCCGUAGGCAACCUAAAGCAAGGUAGGGCUUCGAGUGCAGAUGUAAUCGUGCUGGUGAUCUUUAAGGAUGGGGUCUAGUUUAAGCAGUAAGACUGAGAUCUUAGAAUUUGGGAACUGGACAUGAUUUCAUUUGACUAGUCUGAAUUGCUGAUCGUCCCAGUUUAUGAGAAAGAACAAAAUUCCUCUUGCAACAACCACAGAGGAAUUAGCUUGAUUAAUAUAUUGUCCAGAAUAAUAAUUUCUGUAAUCACUCAACUGUUAACUAAGGCCGGUGAAGAGAAAACUUGAGGAAGACAAUCUGGUUUCAGACCUGAACGUGAAUAUGUAGACCAAAUCUUCACUCUUCGUCAAGUUUUAGAACAUAGAUAUACUUUCCGACGCUGAACUAUAAUUGCAUUCUUUACUCUUAAAGCAGCGUUCGCCCCUGUUGAUCAUUAGUUUUUGUGGCAAUGGUUGUUUUUAAAAGGUUUCCCGAGGAAGAACGUCAACCUUACGCAGGCUCUUUACCCGAACACUGCAGGUCCAGUAAGAGCUUAUAGCGAACUGUCAUCAGAAUUGCCAACUUCAAAUGUGCGGGCGGUUAUCGUUCCUGAAGAGAUUUUAGUAUUUCUAAUAAAAUUUAAGUAUUCUUGUAACUGCCUUAGCAGUUCAUCAGGGUUGUCCACUUUAUUUAUAUCUGACUUCUUCAUAGACAUCCCUUUAGAAACAAUACUUGUCUAACUUUUUAGAGGUUGGCCUCGUAACAUGAAAUUCACUCAUCGAUUUUCAAUACCCAGAUAAUAUGAUUCUCUUCGGUGAAAGCGCUGACAAAGCGUAGAGUUUCAUGACCACCUUAAGCAGUAGUGCCAGCAUGUUUGGGAUGAGAUUCGUUCCCCUUAAAUGUAAAAUAUUUCUUCAGGACUUCAAUACUUCAGUUAGUAAUAGAAAGUGACGUAGUUGCAUGCGUUAACCACUUCACUUAUCUUGUAAAUCUUACCAGAUCUGAUGUUCUGGUGUCUGACAAAAUCUCAACACUAAUCCAAAAAGUUCUUUUUAACUAACUUGUUUAACCUGUGGUUUAGGCAAACCGUUCGUCUACCAAACCAAAGAAAGAGUUUACCUUGCAGUAGUUCACUCUCUUCUAUUUUAUGGGUGUCGAAAAUGGCCAUUAGGAAGAAAGGAUAUUUAUAGGUUACUGGUAUUCGAUCAUAGGCGUCUUCGAAUCAUUGCUCGUGUAUUUUGAGACUUCAGAGUGAGUAGUGCUAAAGUUAGGCAUAGGGGACUUGUGGGAGAUGUAAUCACAAUUGAUUGAUCACUGGGUGACCAAUGUCGUGCGUGUCUAGUCCUUAUUAUUAGUGCAGAUCGAAUGCUAUCGAUCAUGUUGCAAUGUGGCCACCAGUCUAGGUGACUCGACACUGCGGGCACUAUUGUGAGAUUACAGGUACACCUUGCUGACGAGUGCCAAGUAGCACGAAACCCGGGUCCAGGGUUUCCUGUCGACUACCUCCAAUCACCAUCUAACUUGUGGGAGAUAGAAAAUUGGUUGAUGAGGUAGUGAAUCUUUAUCAAAUGAAGCGGUUGGGACAUAUGUUACUUAUAUCCAACUACCCCUUACCUUGGCGCGUAAUGUCUGGUGUAGGAGUAGGCUGAGAGAAAGCUACGGGCGCUCAAAACAAGGGAUGGUAUAAGUUAAUGAAGUCGCUGACCGUUGGAUUAAGUCAUGUAGGUAAGUGUAGAUUACCUGAUUGGGGUCCACGUAAUUAUCGUAACCAAUCGUUAGAGACUGGGUGACAUGGCUCAGAAUUGUCCAUAAUGGUGCAGGUGCAUUCUCAUUUUAUCUUCCUUUAGUUCUUGAAUCCCGAGAUCCCACACUUUUUUGUUCCGAUUAUUUUCUACUACUGAUACUGGUUAUCACUUCUAGUACUUUGGGAUUUGUCUUGAUAAUUUUAUCUUGCAGUUCCCAUGUGGUGUUGCAACUUAGGUCGACUAGUAUAUCAGGUUCUACGUUGUGUAUGAUUGACUGACAGAUGCGUUAGUCACUUAGUGUUAUGUUGUGGAAUAUGUUGCUAGGCAAUUCAAAUAUGAUAGAAUCGACUUGAGCUAAACAUUCCAAUACUUUUGAAUAUUUUAGCAACAUAUUGUCUAACCAAACAAAUAUAAUGUUGUUUUAACGACGUAAUUUUACUCGAAUGAAGAGACCAUUAAUAAUUAAGUACACACAUGUGGCAAUCGAAAAAUGUGUUAGUAAUAAUUUAUAGGAUUAUUGAUUUUAUGUAUUUCACGUCGUUGUGUGUAUUUAUUCUCUGUCACCGUAAUCGUAAUUUAGGAGGGAAAUCAGUAUUGUUCUUUUUAAUUAAAGUUCAAACAAUAAUCCAGUAUAAAUUGUUAUAAAGCAAUUUUAGAUUGUUUAACACUUAUUAGUUUUCACAUGCUUAUAUUGUAUUCGAUUCAAUAUCAUAUUGUUAUUUGACUUUUGUUUUUCCUAAUAGAAACGCCGGUUCCAAGAAUAUGAUUGUGGUGAAUUGACUUAUCGAGAAAGAUGGGGAGGAAAUACAUGGUUAUAAAACUCUGUAUGACUUCUUUUAACUUUGUAACCAAUACAUUAGUUAAUUGAAAUAAAUUAGAUCACCUUGUAACCAUACUUUUUUUUCAACCUUAUAAGUAUGUUUAAUAUAAAAAAAAUAUAACACUAAAUAAUCAACAUUAUUUGUUGGGAAAAGUGAAUGUUUUCAAUUAGGUUUAAACUAUGAACCUACUCAGCUUACAAAACUUGAAACCAAUAAAAAUUUGUCACCCAUUUUAUUUUUUUAUUAAGC